UUAUUAUAUGCUCACCAGACACUAAGAGAAGAAAUCUUAGAAGACGUGAAACUCGGACUCCCGCGAAAUACUGGACUAAACUAGCACUAAUAGGGUAAUUACACUGGUCCCAAGAGAGUGGAUUAGCUGACAAAGCACGCUCUAUACGCUAAUGUAAUACCGACCACACGAGCACCGGGAUGUUGGAGUUUUUAUAGCGUUAUAGUAAGCCUGUCACUUCCUCUGAGCCUACGAAAUGUAGGUAUUAUUCCGAGGUUUGACUCACAACUGAAAGCGUAUUGUAGUGGUUGAAGUGGAGGAUAUUGUAGAAGCAUAAAAGAGAUGGAAACGCCAGAGUCUAACAGACUAAAUCAUUUGGUAUCAAACAACAACGACAUGACAGAUUCAAGCGCUUACAAGCCACGCAGGAGACCCAAAUCGAUAGUCGUGGAGAUCGAGCAGCAAUCCGAAAAAAGGACAGGCUUCUCACGGUUUGAGAAAUUUCUUAUCCUGACAAUAGCGUUAAUGUUGAUAUUUUGCGUUGUUUUGUUGUGCCUUUACUUGCACGAAAAGCAACGAAACGAAGAAGCAAAUGAUAAGGAAGCUGUUUUAAGUGCUAAUCGUACCAAGGUCAGUAGCAAAUCCAAGACAUCUAAGUUAUGGUCGCAGAUCUGUUGGUCGCCAAGUUGCAUUCAGACGUCCGCAGAUCUUUUGCGUUCUAUUGACCCAAAUGUCAACCCAUGCGAUGACUUUUACGGCUAUGCGUGCGGAGGAUGGAUCAAGAAAAACAUUCGACCCGCAAAAAACCCGAAGUGGGACCAGUUUAGCAAACUGACGGAGGAGAACAACGCCCUUAUGAAUAAGCUCAUCAAUAGUAGACAAAUUCGAGCUCUGUAUGGAAAGGACAAGGCUGUGUUGAAGGCUCUCCAUUUCUACGACUCCUGCAUGGACAAAGCAGAGAUCGAGAGGCUUGGUGGGGAACCGCUGACCAAGCUGAUCAAGGAGUUCGGCUCUUGGGCUGUGAUAGACAAGUCGUGGAAUGAGACGAACUGGGACUUUAUGACGAGUUUUAUCACAGCACACCGCGAACUCGCAGUCUCACCACUCGUCUCUGUAUGGGUGGAUUUUGACAUCAAGAACAGUUCUGUCAACGUUAUCAAUCUUGACCAGUCAUACCCUGGUAUCUCACACAGGGCGUUCACAAGAAACUCAUCCACCUACCGUAAGAUGCGUCACGCGUACAAGGAGCUGAUGGUGAACCUGACAAUGACGCUUGGCGGUGACAGCCACUCCCUUCGAGAGAUGGAGGACAUCUACAAAUUCGAGAAAAAACUUGCAAAUAUUCUUGAGCCAUACGUUGAGGGCAACAAGAAUUACAGGAAAAUGUCAAUAAGAAAGCUACAAAAUGCCACUGGGCCGCAGAUCGAUUGGAUGAGGUUUCUCACCGGUGUCUUUCGAGGAGUUGACUAUAAGAUAAUGGAGGAGGAAGAGGUUGUGGUUUACGCUUAUGACUAUCUGGUCAAGUUGGCAAAAAUACUAGAAAAGACGCCCAAAAAAACGCUGGCAAACUACAUAAUGUGGCGAGUGGUAAAAAUACAAUAUGUACAGCUGAGCAAAGAAUACCGAAAAAUAUUUAAAAAUUUCUACAUCCGGGCGUUCAACUUCUGGCGGGAGAGCCCGAGAGAGGAGGUCUGUCUAAGCGCCUUGUCUGAGAACUUCGGGAUGCCUUUGUCCAAGAUGUACCUUGAUCGCAGAUUCAAAGGCAAGAGCAAGAAAUUGGCAACAGAAAUCGUGGAAAAUAUUCGAGAUGUUUUUAUUGCAAGGCUGAAAGAUAUCACGUGGAUGGACAACGUCACCAAACAUGUCGCUGAGGAGAAGGCGGAGUACCUACUAGAGAAUAUUGGCUACCCCGACUAUGUGAUGGACAGCAAACAUUUAGCCUCGCUCUAUAAAGAGGUGCCCGUCGAUCCAAAGACGUAUUUUCUGAACCAGGUCUACGUUAGAAGAAACGACAAUCUCAGGAACUAUGCCAAACUUGGAAAGCCUUUUGAUAAAACAGAAUGGCCAUUCCCUCCAACGAUGCUAAACGCAUAUUACUCCUAUAACGAAAAUAAAAUGGUAUUUCCGGCAGCAAUGCUACAGGCUCCAUUUUACUAUGCUAGCUAUCCAAGAGCUGUUAAUUAUGGGGGCAUAGGGACGAUCAUGGCGCACGAAUUGACUCAUGGAUUUGAUGUCACCGGUAAGGAUUACAACAAGUACGGCAAUAACAUAAAAUGGUGGACGGAUAAAACCAUACAAAACUUUUAUAACAAAUCACAAUGCCUGGUGGAACAAUACGGAAACUUCACUUUCCACGGAGGCCUUGUUGACGGAAAGUUAACCCUUUCUGAGAACAUUGCGGACAACGGUGGGGUUAAACAAGCUUUUGAGGCUUACCAGAGCUGGGUAAGUCGUCAUGGUCCUGAGCCAAGAUUACCUGGAAUGAUGUUGACGAACGAACAAAUUUUCUUCUUUGCUUUUGCAAGGAACUGGUGUGGUAUGUUCAGCCCUGAGGCCGGAAAAUUGUCGCUGAAAUGGGAUGAGCACGCCCCAAUGCCUUGGAGAGUAAAUGGUUCUCUGAAAAACUUUAAAAAGUUUGCUGAGCAUUUCAAGUGUCCAGUCGGAUCACCAAUGAACCCCGAGAAGCGAUGCGCUGUGUGGUGAUACAUAUUAAAAACAAAUAAGAAAAAAACUGCAUUAGCAAAACCUAAAGCAUCAGACUGUCACCGAAAUCUCUUUAGCAGUCCUGGUAUUCCUCAUAGAAUUAAGUGUCUAGUCGGAUCACCAAUGAACCCCGAAAAACCGAUGCGCUGUAUGGUGAUACAUAUCAAUUUAAAAAAAGGAAAAACUGCAUUAGCAAAACCUAAAGCAUCAGACUGUCACCGAAAUCUCUUUAGCAGUCCUGGAAUUCCUCAUAGAAUCAAGUGUCCAGUCGGAUCACCAAUGAACCCCGAGAAGCGAUGCGCUGUGUGGUGAUACAUAUCAAUAAAAAUAAGAAAAAAACUGCAUUAGCAAAACCUAAAGCAUCAGACUGUCACCGAAACCUCUUUAGCAGUCUUGGAAUUCCUCAUAGAAUGAACUUCACAGAAUCAAGAUUCUACCCUGAAUGCCAAUGACAUGCUUAGCGGAGCUUAAAGAAGUCACUAUUAAGGGGCCGAUUACAUGAAAAAUUUCAGCCCGGGCUGAGUUUUCAGCCCGUAGGGAGGCUGAAAGUCUUGCCCGCUAUCUCCCACAAAUACUUGUAAAAUGGCUCUUUCGGCUACAUGAACGAGUUUUCAGCCCGGGAUCAAUUUCAGCACGGGGGAGUUUUCCAGUCCGGGUUGGCAAACCGGGCUAGGAUUUUCAGCCCGGGCUAGCGGGUUAAAAUCGCCAAAAAAUCGCGUAAAUAUCUCAGCCCGGGCUGGAAAACAAUACAAUUCGAGUCCAUCCCGGGCUGAAUAGAACUCAGCCCGGGCUGGAUUUAAGGCAUAUAAUCGGUAAGCAGCUGCCCGGGCUGAAGUUUCAGCCCCAUCCACCAUGUAAUCGGCCCCUAAGGUAGGAGAUUUAGGUAAACAGAAGAACAGUCAUUGUUUUGAAGAUAGAUUAUAUGGACGUGUGUUAUGCAAGACGCAAAUGAAAAAUAAUGUGGGUCCAGAACUUUCAUAAAGCAGUACCCUAGCGCACUGGGAAAUGACCGUAUUGUCACCAGUUUACUUCCGGUCGAUUACGUAAAAAUCUCCGAUGAUUUUUAACGGAAAACACGAAAAAUAUUUCAAAAUAUAGAAAGCAGUGUGUCUAUUGGAAGUUUCUUUGAGGAUGUGACUGCUAAUUUAGAGCGGAUGGCCUGUUAAAUAUUUCGGAUUCGAAUAGAUUAUUUUAUCUUUUAACGGUUGAGGUUUCCGUCGGACCUCCGGAAAUAAACUGGUGACAAUGCGGCCUUAAAAAUGUUUGGUUGUAGCCCCCCAUCCCACCCCUCAGAUUUUUUUAAUGUAUCUGUAUCCAAUAAGCCGCAGCAUUUCGAGGCGCGCUACGGCCCUGCAAAUGGAAUCCACUGCAAUAAAUGCAUGCUUUAGCGCCAAUUGAUAUAAAUAAGUGCGAGCAAUGUCUCUUUAUUUUGAGCUAAUGUAAGAACUAGAAUAAGUCUAACGAAAAACAACUAAAUUAGAGGCUUGCAAACUACUUCAAGAUUGAAUUAAGGCUCCGGAGGGUUAUUUUUUAACAUUUGCGCUUACCUCAAAGCAAGCAAUCACUUGGCGGUAUAUAUGAGCUUUAAAUUUUUACACAACAGCUGCCAUAUUUGGGACAAGUUUAAAGGCCUAGACUUUUUACCCACAACCAGGACUGCCUUUUAGCUUUUCAUGUGGCUUUGUAAAUAACUCAACACCAUUGUAUUAUUGAGUAUAUUUUCUGAGACUAACAGAAGCAAAUUUAACCCAGACCAUACCUUAAUUGACCUGUAUAGUAAUGUUUCAUUACUGUCGGAUAAAAUUCCAUGGUCCUUUUCUUCGCUUUUGGUCUCGGCCGGGCUUCCUUUGCCUUUUGGAAGGGGCACAAAGAGACUGGAAAUAAUGGCGGCCGUGGAGGCGGCCAAAAGGUCCACGCCCUGUGUACGAAUCAAGGUAACUCGCAGUGGUUUAUGGGUAUCGUAUAAAUGGCUGAAUCCUGGUUUCUGAACGGCGGAGUCAACGUUUAGAGGUACAUUAACAAUAAUGUUAAAGCUCUCUAAACCUGUGUUUAUUUUAUGCGUAUUUUUUAUUUAUUUGAUACCCAUAAAGCACUGCGGGUUAAGACACAGAAUCGAUUGACAAAAGGUUGUCGUCGACCGGCUUCGCGACUACGCGACAAGCCCGCAUGUAAGCAUGGGUAAAAACCACUGAAGCGCCUAGCUGCAUAUAUUAGCCACCGCUACCGCGUCUAAAACCAGAAGACUGAAGAUAUGCAGUGGGUUUUGCUUACAUGCGGGCUUGUCGCGUAGUCACGAAGCCGGUUGACGACACACUUGUCAAUAUCGACUGUCAACCGAGUGCAACCAGUUGAAAUAGGUGUAUCAGUUUAGACAAUCUUACGUUGGUAUCCACGCUGCUCUCUUUGACUUAUUAUUGUUAUCAAAGUAUAAGCGCAAAUAAAGAAUAUAGUAACUGUG